GUCAGCGUGCUCACUUGCUUCAACACUACACGCAAUGUUCUUCUGCUUCCACUGCUAAGCACGCUGAACUUAAGUACAUACAGAGACAUCGUUCUCAUCAUAAAAAAACCUGACGCAGAUAGACCAACAGCCACCAUGAAAGCCGUUUCGAGGAGUCCUCUGAUUUUCAAGCCGCUGCUCCCAGGGCGAGAUCCUUACUUCAGGACCCGUACCAGGCGGCCGUGCUUGCGGAUGCAGGGGACGGCCGGAAAAGAUUCCGACGACUGGAGGUUGGCCGGCAGGAUGGUGGACGAGAACAUGAUCGUGCUCAGGAUGAGGAUUCAGGAGAUGAAGAUGGCGGAGAGCAAGUGGGAGGCGCCGUCGCACUGGAUGGAGUGGGAGAAGAGGUACCAUGCCUCGUAUUAUGCGGAUGUGUGCGAAGGAGUGGGUCAGUUGCAGAGGUUUCUGAUGAGCACAAGGCCCGGCGUGGCUCUGGGGAUGCUCCUGCUGCUCGCCUCGAGCCUACCCAUUUCUGUUCUUGCAGUUCUGCUCCUUUUGAUCAAGUAGAUGGCAGACGUCAUCUUCCACCAUUAGAAGAAUGAUCGAGUUAGAUUCAUGCAGUAGUUAACAGUGAGCAGUUUAGAGCUUCUUCUUUAUCUUUUUUUUUUUUAUCUUAAUUUGGCUGUUGUGCUUCAGAUCUUUUAUUGGUCGAGAUUGUACACGUACUUGGGUUCAUAAUAUGCCUAUCUUGGGGAAAAAUCUUUUCAUUUGUA